GCGGAGGGGCGGGGCAGGAUGCUUUACUCUCGCGGUGUUUGGUUCUUUUCACUGUUUAGUUCUUGUUCAGGUUCCGUUUCUUCAGGUUCUAUGUCUGGCUCACAGUUGUGUAUGGUGGCUCCGCUGUAGCUAGCGUCCUUAUGAGGUGCAGACGACGACGAUGCGGGACAGCAGAAAUUCGGAAAUGUUUUACUUUACUCAUGUUUCUGUGGAGGGCCGUGUGUUUGGAGCAGCCCAAAGCCACUUUGCUGACCUCAUUUUCCCUGACUCUGUGAAUGUUCCUGGACUGAUGCAGUUUGUGCCAUCGCUUUACUGUGUUCCCUCCAUCGCUGUUGCAGUAAGAGGCAGGUGCUGGCAUUAGGAAGAUCUUUCUGGGAUCUUGUAGUUUUCUGACUGUCUUAUACUUCCAUGUGAAACUUUGCACUGGUUUUGAACUCCAAUAAGUCAGUCAUCCAGGAUGCUAAUUGUUCUUAGUCACUCUAAAAGUUGGAAUUUUGGAAUUCCUCCCAAAUCUCCUGAUACAGCAGCAAAGGUCCAACUUAGUGAGCAUAUCCUUCUACUUCAUAUACUUCUAAGAACUCUGACAGUACAGUAUUAACAACAUCACUUUGAGAAGCAGACGGUAGGAUGUGGUUAGUAACAUGGAUUGGAGAUGUCCUAUACUGUGAUAAACUAGAGAUAACCAGCAAGCAUCUCGUACUCCCUGGAUUCACCAGUUUGGAGGGAGGGUGUUUUUACUCUGCUGUUGCUUUCCUGAGUGCCUCGGUUCAGUGAUAUUAAUACAGCUGCAUGUGGACAACUAAAUACAUAAGAAAGUAAACUGUUAGGUGACCAAAUGAUGGAAUGAAUAUUUGGAAAUCACAAAAAUCACAUGAACAUCUGCCUAUAGAUUCCUACUGGUAUAAGUCUUACCCAGCCUCUAUUGUGGGAUAUUUUAGAACUCAGUGGCCUUUGACGAUGUGGCUAUAAACUUCACCCAGGAAGAGUGGGCUUUACUGGAUCCCUCCCAGAAGAAUCUCUACAGAGAUGUGAUGGAGGAAGUAUUUAGGAACCUGACUUCUAUAGGCACAUCAUAGCCAACUCUGGAUACAACCUAUAUGAAAGUGAAGAAUCCUCUGAGAAGCCAUAUAAAUGUACACAGUAUAGGAGCUCUUUCAUUUCUCUUAUGAGUAUUCAAAGACAUAUGAUAACGGACACUGGAAGUAAGCCUUACAAGUGUAUGCUCUGUGGGAAAGCCUUUCAUUUCCCCAGUGAGUUCAGAAUCCAUUUAAGAACUCACACUGGGGAGAAGCCCUAUGAGUGUAAAGAGUGUGGAAAGGCCUUCAGCCAUUCCAGCUCCUUUCGAAAACACGAGAGAACUCACACCGGAGAGAGGCCCUACGUAUGCAAACAGUGUGGGAAGGCCUUCAAUUGUUCUGGUUCCAUCAGAAAACAUGAGAGAACUCACACUGGGGAGAAGCCUUAUUCGUGUAAACAGUGUGGGAAGGCCUUCAACUGUCCCAGUUAUCUCCAAAUUCAUGAAAGAAGCCACACUGGAGAGAAGCCCUAUGAGUGUAAGCAGUGUGGGAAGACCUUCAGUUGUUCUAGUUCCCUUCGAAAACACGAGAGAACUCACACCGGAGAGAAGCCCUAUGAAUGCAAACAAUGCGGGAAGGCCUUUAGUUGUUCCAGUUCCUUUCGAAAGCAUGAGCGGACUCAUACUGGGGAGAAGCCCUAUGAGUGCAAGCAGUGUGGUAAGGCCUUCUUUUCUCUCACAAGUGUUCGAACGCACAUGAUAAAGCACACUGGAAAUGGGCCUUUUAAAUGCAAUGUAUGUGAAGAAGUGUUUCCCUUUUCCAGUGUAUUUAGAAGACAUCAGUCAUCUCAUGCUGGAGAGAAGCAGCCCUAUGGAUGUAAACAGUGCAAUAAAUGGUUUAGUUCCAACACCUCACUUCAGAAUCACAGAAGAAGUCACACUGGGGAAGAGCCCUACGCCUAUAAACAGUGUGGGAAAGCUUUCAGUUGUCCCAGUUACAUUCGAAAGCAUGAACGGGCUCAUAGUGGGGAGAAACCCUAUCCAUGCAAGCAGUGUGGUAAGUGCUUCAGUGCUUCCAGCUCUCUGCAAACACACGAAAGGAUUCAUGCUGGAGAAAAGCCCUAUAAACGUGAGCAAGGUGCUAGAGCAUUCAGUUGCUCCACUUCCCUUAGGAGACACGAACAGGCUCAUAGUGGGGAGAAUGCCUAUGAAUACAGUGUGGGAAAGCCUUUGCUUCCAGUUAGAAUUGAUUACUAACUGUCUUGAAGUUAUUCAUAACAGUCUUAUGAAUGUAAAUUCUGGCAAAUCCUUAGUUUCUCUAACUAAGAUUUUUGUUUUUGUUUAAACAAAAAUGACAAAGCACACUGGAAAUGACCUUUUUAAUGUGAAUAUGUGAAAAAAAGCCUUUCACAUUUCACAGCCCCAGCAUAUUUAGAGCACAUCAAAUAAACUCUCAUGCAGGAGAGAAACAGUGUGAAUGCAGACAAUGCGGUAAAUCCUUCACUUCUUCCAGGUAUCCUCAGAACCAUAAAGAAUUCAUGUUGGAGAGUAUCCCUAUUAAUGCAAGCACUGGAGAGCCACUGACUACAGUUGCCUUGAAAACAUGAGUAAACUUGUACGGGAGACAUGUCCUUUGAGUACAAAUAAAUAUGGUAAAUGUCACCGUUUCCAUUUGCCCUCAAAGAAACUACUCCUUGGACAGCAUAUCAUCAGAGUGACUGUAAAGACUAUGAAAAACCAGUGCUUUCCUAAUCUCCAUAAAGGACACAAAAAAGGUUCACACUGAACAGUAGGAAGCCCACGUUUGUGAGAAAAGAGGUAAGGCUUCAGAUGCCACAGCUGUCUCAGGCUGUGUGAAAGAACACAUACUUAGCUAAAACACUAGGACUAGGAACAUGGGGGAAGCACUCAGAUUCUCAGUGUUCCUCAAAGGCAUAAAAAGGACCAGAGGGGAAAACACCUGUAGGCCUAAGUAAUGUGGGCAGGCUUCAAUUUUACACUUCUUUCUGAGAAGCAAGGAAACACUCUGCAGAAAUUCUGAGCUUAAGAACUGUCACAAGACCUUCAGUUUCCCAUCUUCAUUCGAAGUGAUGCUAGAACUCAUCUAGAAAAAGACUAUUGGGUACAGGAAGUACUGAGCUCAUGUCUCUUUGAAAGGUACAUGGUACACUGGAGAUGGCUGUGCAAUGCAUUGACUUUACAAUGCGAAAACAUUGUUUCUCUGGGCUAAAGCAUGGAAUGUGUCUUUUUAUAUUAGAUACAAUUUUGUAGUAUUUUAUUGAAACUUUUUGCAAACUAUUCAAAGAGAUUUAUGUAUCUUGGUAUAGUAUAUAAUAUAGUAUUAUUUAGUACAUACAGUGUAUGCAUGUAUAUACAUGUAUCUGUAGGAUACAGUAUAGUUUGUAUAUGAGUAGUAUAUAUUAUAUAACUAGUUUAUAUGGUAUGUAACUAACCACUAUUUUACUAUAGUAUUAUACUACAUGGCUAUGCUAUUGGAGUUUUAUCAGUGUGUAGAAUAAAGUGUUUCAGUUACCCACCCCA